AUGUCUUGGUUGAAAAAAUCCAAACUUGAAUCUUCAUCAUCACAAGAUGAUAAUGUUGAAGUUCAUGAUCUAUCAACAAAUAUAGAUGAAAUAGAAAAAGGGAAAGUUAACAUUAAUCAAGAAAUAAAAGAUGGAGGUAGUGAAUCAGAUUCUUCUUCAGUAUUUGGUGAAGAUCGUCAUCGUUUGAAAACUUCACUUCAUCAACGUCAUAUUCAAAUGUUAGCAUUAGUUGGUGUUUUCGGUACUGGUAUUUUCCUUUCUUCAGGUGGUGUUUUAGCUACCACAGGACCAGCUGGUAUGUUUAUUGCUUAUUCCCUUGUUGCUACUAUUGUUGGGUUUAAUCAAGUUGCUCUUGCUGAAGUUGCAACUUUAAUGCCUGUUUCUUCAGCUGUUGUUCGUCAUCUAGAACAAUUUAUUGAUCCUGCUUGGGGGUUUGCAUAUGGUUGGAUAACAGUUUGGGGGUCCAUUAUGCCUGGUGAAAUUAGUGCUGCUGCAGUUAUUGUUUCAUAUUGGACUGAUAUUUCUCAAGCUGCUUGGAUUUCAAUAAUUAUUGUUAUUAUAAUUGCAACAAAUUCUUAUAAUGUUAGAUUUUAUGGUGAAGUGGAAUUUGUUUUUGCAAUGAUUAAAAUUUUAUUAUUAAUUGGAUUAAUUAUUGUUUCUAUUGUUAUAACUUCUGGAGGUGGUCCAAAUCAUGAAACUAUUGGAUUUAGAUUUUGGAAAGAUCCAGGUCCUUUUAAAGAAUAUAUAACUGUGGGUAAUUUAGGUAAAUUUGCAGGUUUUUGGAAAACUUUAUCAGGUACAGUUUAUUCAUUUGGUGGUGUUCAAUCUGUCCCAUCAUUAGCUGCUGAAGUUAAAAAUCCAAGAAGAACUAUAUUCACUGCAUGUAAAAGAAUUUUUUAUAGAGUUACUAUAUUAAUGAUGAUUACUGUUUUUUGUUUAACUUUAAUUGUUUCAUCAAAUGAUAAACAAAUUGCAAGUUCAAGUGGUAAUGCUCAACAUUCACCAUUUGUUGUUGCUAUUAAAAAUGCAAAUAUUAAAGUUCUUCCACAUAUUAUUAAUGCUGCAGUGUUAACUUCAGCUUUUAGUGCUGCUAAUUUAUCAAUUGUUCAUGGUUCAAGAACUUUAUUCGCAUUAGCUGUUAAACAUCAAGCUCCAAGAAUUUUCCUUAAAACAAAUAAGAGAGGUUUACCAUGGGUUGGUUCAAUAUUUGUUGCUGUUUUCAUGCCAUUAGCUUAUAUGAAUGUUUCUAAAGGUGCUGCUAAUGUUUUCAGUUGGUUUCAAUCUUUAACUUCAGCUAAUUUAUUAGUUGGUUGGAUCUUUAUUUCAGCAAAUCAUAUUCAUUUACAUAGAGCUAUGAAAGCCCAAGGGAUUUCAAGAGAUAAAUUACCACAUAAAUUUAGAUUUGGUCCCCAGGCUGCAUGGAUUUCAGGCUUUGCAUCAUUAUUAUUAUUAUUAACUGGUGGGUUUGUAAAUUUUAUUAAAGGAAGAUUUGCAAUUGCCAAUUUUUUCUCAUCAUAUUUUAUUAUUCCAUUAUCUUGGGGUCUUUAUUUCUUUUGGAAGUUUUUCAAGAAAACUAGAUACUAUAGACCUCAUGAAGUUCAAUUAGAUGCUUUAUUUAAAGAUAUUGAAGAUCAUCCUGAAGAACCUGCUCCAAAAGUUAGAGGUUGGAGAAUUUUAACAUUAUUAUGGUCAUGA